AUGAUGCGUCUCCGUGUGUCGUCUCUGCAGCGCUCGGGGCAGAAGCGCCAGGACGGCGAGCGUCUGCUUCUCCCCCACGAGGCCGUGUACCGGCUGGACUUCCACAACCAGGAGCUGAGCUUCUCCCGCUGGUACUUCUCGCUCGCAGCCCACGGCCGUGUCACCAUCACCGGCAUCUGCCAGCACUGGACCCCUGACCUCACCCACCUGAUGACCCGUCAGCUACUGGAACCAAUCGGAACAUUUUGGCGAAACGCCGAGGACCCGGAGGAGUCGCCGCUCAAGUGGCUGGAGGCGGACAUGCAGGAGUUCGGCGAGAGGAUCGCAGAGCUGGCCAAGGUCAGGAAGGUCAUGUACUUCCUGUUUGCGUUCAAGGAUGCCGCGGAGGCUGCGAAUCUCAGCUGCUCGGUGGAGUUCACACUGGACAAAUGA